AUGUUGACCACAUUUUUCUGCAUUGCCAGCGCGGCAGGCGCCUUGGCUGCAUCUGUACAGAUUCGUGAUCAAUUCGACUCGUCGGCAUAUGCUGCAAAAGACGUCGUCGAGCGAGAUUUUGCCAUUAUCGGCGGAGGAGCAGCAGGGACUUAUGCAGCGAUCAGUUUGGCCGAUCAAAACAAAACCUUCACCCUAGUCGAAAUAUCGGACCGGCUUGGGGGACACACCAGGACCUUCCAGGACCCCGCAACCGGGGCCAGCGUCGACUUUGGCGUGCAGAUCCACCUCGAUACCCCGAUCGUUCGCGACUUUUUUGCCCGUUUGCGCACCCCUCUGGCAAAUGCGCAGCUCUCGGAUUUCGGCAUGCCCAAAUAUUACGACUUUGCCAAGCAAGUUGCCCUGACCAACUACACCCGGGGCAGUAUCCAGGCCGACUAUGUUGCCGAGCUCGACAAAUAUCCUUAUGUCCAAGAUCUCGUCGACCUGCCCAACCCUCCCCCUGCCGAUCUGCUCCUCACUUGGCCAGAAUUCGUCAAGAAGCACAAUCUCUCCUCCGGCUCGGCCGAGGGUGGCCUCUCAUGGCCAGCGACCCCUGGAGAUCCAUUGGACACCACCGCUCUUGCCAUUCUUAACGACGGCAAUCACAUCGAGUUGAAUGAGUUUGGCGGAGCUGCUCUUCACAGUGCCAAUCACGACAAUUCCCAGAUUUACGUUAACGCGCUGGCCGAAUUGAAGCCGCAUGUGUUUUUGAGAUCUUCCAUCAUUGCAGCUCGGCGUGGAUCGACCCGCCAGUGCGGCGUGCAGCUCGUGGCCAACACCCCAUCUGGCAAAAAGCUCAUCAAGGCAAAACAGCUUAUCAUUGCUAUGCCGCCUGUCUUGGACAACGUCAAGUAUUUCGGUCUCGACCAGCAGGAGCAGGCCAUUCUGAGCAAGCUUUCUGGCAAGCACUACUACGGCGGCGUCGUGAACAACACCGGGCUUAAGGAGGGCAUUGCUUAUACCAACGUCGGCGUGGACAGACCGUACCACGUCGCCAGUCUGCCCGGUGUGGUCGAGAUCGCCCCUUCGGCUUCUCCUGGCUAUCUUUUCUACUGGUACAACACGAACCAAGCCCAGACACAGGCUGAAAUUGAGGGUGCUGCUCGAAGCACCAUCAAGUGGCUGCAGACUCAGACCAAUGCUCAGGCCCUGGAGCCAAAGUUUGUCGACUUCCAGGAUUACUCACCAUUCCAUCUAAGCCCUCCGACCAAGGACAUUGCGAACGGCUGGUAUACUAAGAUGAAGGGUCUCCAGGGUCAUAGGAACACUUGGUACAUUAGUUCUUUGUUCGUCGUUGGCUCGACCCAGGUCUGGAACAGCACUCACACCCUGCUUCCGGAUAUUAUCAACGCUGCUAAGUCUUAA